AUGGAAGAUGCUAAUGCUGAGAUUACUUGGACGGUGUUCAAGAAUGAGUUUCUAGAGAAGUACUUUUCGACUGAUGUUUGCAGCAAGAAAGAGAAUGAGUUCUUGCAGCUGAAACAAGGAAGUAUGACUGUUGCUGAUUAUGCGGUUAAGUUUGAAGAGUUAGUGAGAUUUUGUCCCCAUUAUAAUGGUCUGGAAGCUGAAGGGUCGAAGUGUGUGAAGUUUGAGAGUGUCUUGUGUAUUGAGAUCAAGCAAUUCAUUAGUUAUCAGGAGAUCCGUCGAUUCUCAGUGCUGGUGAAUAAGUGUAGAAUCUAUGAUAAAGAUAGUAGGGUUAGAUCUGCUCACUACAAAAGUGCUAGUAAGAAUAAAGAUGGGAAUCAGUUUUAUGGUAAACCUUAUGUGGCUCAAGCUGAUAAGGGAAAAUAG